AUGGUUCAGGCACCCAAGACCGAAUCGUGGAAGCAGCUGUACCGCGCGCUGCUCCGCUCAUCCGGUGCCGCGGUCCGCUUCAGCCGGCCUGCAACCAGCAACACACGGCGCUACCUCCGAGAUGAAUUCGCCGCGACAGCCGCUACGGCCGCUACGAGCCUGCAACAGCCGGCAGCUUGGGACUUGCUCGGCAAGAAGACACGCAACACGCUCGCAUUUCAUCUGUCGUCGUCGCUGCUGCCGAGUGGUGCCGCUGCGCCCCGAACCAGGCUGUCUUUCCACAACGACAUUGCCGCACCGGAUGGCAGUGCAGAAGAGACAAAGCGGCCGGCGGCGAGCAAGGCGAAUCGACUGGCUCGGCUGCCUCAUCGAGUGGUGGCGAAUCUAUCGUCGCUGACGUACCACCAUCUUUCGCCGCAUACGCAAAUGCAGACGGGCAAGCGGUUCGGCGAGAGGGGCGCAACGCGAAAGACGACGAAGCUCUCUUCGCUGGCGCGUGUGCUGGGCCGACUGGACAACACAUCUCCACUCGACGGCGACCUGGACGGUGGCGAUGGCAUCGACCUUCGCGAUGCGCUGACGGAGCUCGAUGGCGACGCGAUGGUCAACCAGAGCCACAUGCGCGUCGGCUUCCUUACGCCGAGCAACAAGCCUCCGCGCGGCCCGUUGCAGGCGAAGCGCAAGAUCUGGGAUGGGCAGGAUGCGGACAAGAUCGAGUCCGAGGGCCAGCUGCGGCAGAUGGAGGCGGAUCUGAAAAGGAUCGAGCGUCUUCUCAAAGACCAAGGUGCCAUCGUCGCUCCCAGGAAACAAGAGUCCAAGGACCCGUCGCCGCCAAAGAAGCGCGAACGUCCAGGCAAAAAAGCACCCAAGAAGGACGACCCGGAAGCGCUGAUGGCCAAGCAGGUGCAGGAGUUCAAGCAGGAGGCGGAAGUGCUCAAGAAGAAGAUCAAGACGGUCACCAAGGCGCUGGCGAAAGCCGAGGCGCAGGACAAGAUGGAGAACAUCCCCGUCGCGCUUCUGGCGGAUCUGGUGGCGGCGGCCCAGGAUUCCGAGCAGCUGCUGCUGGGCAAGCAGCGCUGGACCAAGCGCAAACACGGCGCCUUCCUGCCUCCAUAG